UGCGCAGGCGCAGAGAUUCACUCUGUCACCGGAAGUUCUUGUCCAUCCCGAGGAGGUGGAAACGUGUUUUUCGGAAGAGGUUCUGUUUAGUGCAAUGAAAGCUUCCUUCGUUUCUUUUAUUUAAACCCAAAGAUGGCGCCAUAUGUUUAGGAGAGCAAGAGUGAGUUGACAAAAAAUAAAACGUGUGUACGUUCGGUACUGGGUAAGCUAACUUUUAAAACACGAUUUGAAAAAUCAAAUGAUAGUUCUGGAAAAAUAAUACAGAGGAUUUCUGACACAUCUGGAAAACUGCAGAUGCCAGCAAUGCCGGCUGGGACAGGCUGCGGAUCCCUGGUGCAGAGGUUCUAUGCUCUCCACGCUGAGCGAGUGGAGGCCUACAGGCUUUUUGAAGAGGGGCACGAGGCGUACCUCCGGACGGCGCCGCACUAUGAUUUCCAGCGCUACCGGCAGCUGGUGCACGAGAUCACGCUGGCGUUCAGCGGCAUCUCCAAGGAGCUGAUUGAGAUGAAGGAGCGCCUGCACGAGGAGUGCGAGCGGCCAGACCUGUCGGAGCACAUCGAGAAGCUGCAGGAGAAGGAGAGGCACAAGCUGGAGCUGACUGCCAAGCUGCAGCUUGCGAAGCAGAAUGUCGUGGAUCAUCCGGAAGACGAGAGCGGGCCAGAGCUGGUGCAGGAACUCAGGCAGAAGAUAAUUAAAACAGUGGAAGCGAUCAGUGAAAUCCUCCAGGACUUCAAGUACGAUUCCGAGGAGCUGGCGUGACGUUCCGCGGAAGUGUUUGUGAGCGAGGCGAGAGAGGAUCGUCCUGGACUGACGUUGACAGAGAUCGAUGGGCUGCACUGUCUUCGCUUUUCUUCUUGUUUUUUGUAUCUAUUGAUUUUAUUCCUGCUCCAGUUUUCUCUCUGUGUGCACUUGACCUGUCUGCGGCACUAAAUGUCAGAUGCCUUUAUUAAAGCAGAGCUCUAGUGUUCUUGGCGAGAAUUAUGUACAGUUGCUGAAGGACACCUAAGGUUUCCACGAUGAAGAAGCGAGAUGGACUGAUUUCCCCCCCGCCCCCCAGGUUAUACUGUUCAGAUGCAUAGGGUUGCAUUCUCAAAGCUACUUGCUUCAAAUUGUCAGGUUAGUUCAAUGAAAUCGUGUUUACUCCACAUUUUGUUUCAGAAAGGAGAAACGCACGCAGUAAGGUUACCAAACCAGAAACAACUAAGGCUUUUAACUUUUAAGUUGUUUGUUAAUCGUUUUGAGAACUGUAUUUAUUAUUAUUUUUUUUCAUAUGAAAUUAGCUCUAAUGAUGAAUUGUAGUAAACACCUUU